AUGAAAUUGAACAUUACAAAACCUUUACAACUAGCUCAAUGGUUAAGUUAUCUAAUACUUCUAUUUUUAAUCUCAGUUAUAAUCAUAUUACCUUUAUCAGUUAUUUUAUUUAAUGACUUUUAUUUAUCUCUAUUACCAAAGGAUUCUUCACAAUGGUUGCCAUUAGCAAAUUUUAAUUUUUCAAUAAAUCCAAAUAAUAUUCUGAGUUUUGAAACUGAUAUUCAAAGAUUAAAUCCAGAUAUAAAUUUACCACCUGUAAUAAAUAAUGGGCUGAUCUCAAACAUCUAUUUAAGAGAAUCAAUUAUUUAUAAAUUUGAUGCUAUUUUCAAUUUUUAUUGUUUAAAAAAUAAUUCAAAUUUAAAUAAUCAUCAAUUGACAAAUUUAAAUGUUAAGUUUUUUUCAGUUUAUGGUAAAAAUAACGAUAUGUUAAUAUAUAAUAAAGAUUUCCCAAUCACUUGCAUGAAAACAAAUAUUAAAUUUAAUAAUUAUGAUCAAAUUGACAUUUUAUCUAAUAAUCAACACAACCAUGCUAGUAAAGAAAUGAAUAUAUUGAACCAAAUUAACAAAUAUUGGCUAAAUAAAAUAGAUAUAGACGAUAUUCUAUCUAUAGGCACAAAUUCAGAUCAUUUUACUGUAGAAUUUAAUCUACCAAUUGGUGAUGAAUUGAUUUUUAAUUUCGAUACAUCUUUUAUAAGAUCAAGGAUGGUAUUUGAUCAGGAUUUUAGGAAUAUUAUGUUAAGAUGGUCUAAGACAACGUACAUUAUUGGAACAAUAAUAUUUUUCAUAUUGAUUUGUUUUAUCUUUUUAAUCACCUUUUCAAUUACCUUUUUUUUUAUUUUAAAGAAUAAUAAAAAUACAACUAUUAAAAAUUGA